UUUUUUUUUUUAUCAGCAGGUUAGAGCAGCUCCUCCUUUGGGGCUGUGCUGGGAUUGUACAAUAUAAUAAUGUGUGCUGAGAUUAAUCCGCUGGCUAAGAAGGCAAGGAGCGUUUCUCCUCCGUGGAGCAUCCAGGAAAGAAAAAAAAAAACCAAGAACGGGAGGCACAGCAGCAGCCCAGGGAUUGGACUUCCCCCCUUCACAUCCUUUCUUUCGGUUUUAGAUUUGUCUGGCUGUUUUCAAAAGUCCAGAUUUACUUCUCCAAAUUAUUUUCUUUUCCUCCUGAAGAAUCCCGAGUUGUCUGUAUGAGAAGGCAGUAGCUGGCCGCGCUGUCUCUCCCUUUUAAUCGGAAAUUCCAACAUGAAGCUGAGGACGAUUGUGGUUUAUUGUGCCAAGACGCAUCUGGCUAUCUGGCUUUGAUUCAAACUUGUUUGUAAACCACCGUUAACGCGACAAGAAGCUGGAGGAGCAAAAGUAAUUUUUUUAACACUCACACCGAGCACUUUUCCUCUUUUUGUUGUUGUUGUUGUUUUUUGAUGUUUUUUGUAUUGGUUUGAGAGUCCUUGGAGAAUUCUUUGCGGUGGAUUUUCCAAGAAAGCAGCAAUACUGGUUUUGGGAGAGGCAUCAAAGCCAUUUAAAAAAUGAAAGUCGGACUUCAGGGUGGUGUGUUUCGUCGAAGGUAGCUCGUUGGCUCCGAAAAAGAUUAUUUUGGAGGCUGGUUUCUGCCCUUGGGUUCACCGCGUGCCUGAAGGAUGAAAAUUUUUCAGCACCUCAGUAAUUGCUCGUUCGGUCCAUCAACCUGGAAGUGGCACAUUCAGGAUCCAGCAAGCCAGCGAUUGACAUGGAACAAAGCCCCCAAAAGCGUCCUUGUGAUCAAGAAGAUCCGAGACGCCAGUCUUCUGCAGCCAUUCAAAGACCUCUGCAUCUACUUGACCGAGGUCAACAGUAUGCUGGUUUACGUGGAGAAGAAAGUCCUGGAAGAUCCAGCCAUUGUGAACGAUGAGAGUUUUGGGUCGGUGAAGAAGCGGUUUUGCACUUUUAGUGAAGAUUAUGACGAUAUCUCAGAUCAGAUAGAUUUUAUCAUCUGCCUGGGCGGAGACGGGACGUUACUCUACGCUUCAUCGCUUUUCCCGAGGAGCGUACCCCCAGUCAUGGCUUUCCAUUUGGGGUCUCUGGGCUUCCUCACCCCCUUCAACUUCGAGAACUUUCAGUCUCAGGUCACCCAAGUCAUAGAAGGCAACGCGGCCCUCAUUCUCCGAAGCAGGCUGAAGGUGAAGGUGAUUAAGGAACACUGGGAGAAGAAGGCCGUGAUUCAGAACGGGAUUGAAGAAAACGGAGUGGUGUCUUCGAGUCUGGAGAAAGAAAUGUUUAAGCAAGCAACUCAGUAUCUGGUCUUGAAUGAAGUGGUAGUGGACCGAGGCCCUUCCUCUUAUCUUUCCAACGUGGAUGUCUUUCUUGAUGGCCACCUUAUUACCACUGUGCAAGGCGAUGGCGUCAUCGUUUCCACGCCGACAGGCAGUACGGCAUACGCGGCUGCCGCGGGCGCCUCAAUGAUCCAUCCGAACGUCCCUGCCAUCAUGAUCACCCCGAUCUGUCCUCAUUCCCUCUCCUUCCGGCCCAUCGUCGUCCCAGCUGGAGUGGACCUGAAGAUCAUGCUGUCUCCAGACGCCAGGAACACCGCGUGGGUUUCGUUUGACGGGCGGAAGAGGCAGGAGAUCUGCCACGGGGACAGCAUCAGCAUCACCACCUCUUGCUACCCUCUCCCUUCCAUCUGCUUCCAAGAUCCCGUCAGCGAUUGGUUCGAAAGCCUGGCUGAGUGUUUACACUGGAACGUCAGAAAGAGGCAAAACCACUUUGCCGUUGACGAGGAGGAAGAAUUUUGAACAUCGGGUCCCGUCUUGGAAGGAGAGAGAACAAAAUGGAACUAUCCUUGUAUAUAAGUAUUUGAAGCCUGUAGCUGUCGGGAGUAAAUCAACAUAACAUACUUCCCCCUUAUCCAUAUCCAUAUCUAUAUAUGGAUAAGGGUGAAGGAUAUAUAUAUAUAUAUAUAUAUAUAUAUAUAUAUAUAUAUAUAUAUAUAUAUGUAAUAUUUUUUUAAAAGGUAGCAACAUACCUCAUGUCGGUCUGUUCUACUGAUGACCAGCUAUCCUGUUAGUUUCCUGCCUUGUUAAGGAACCUGGGAGAGAAGAAGGACAGGCAGAACGUGGACUUACUUGGGCCACGGAAAACACGUCUUGUGAAAACAUGCUGUGUUUUUUCCAAGCAAUUGAGUUCAUGUCCACCUAGGGAAGCCGUGUUCCAAGGAGUGGCAAUUUGCUCGCUUGUUUCCCAAAUAUUGGCAAAUCCACCCCUGGGGUGCAAUUCCCAGGGACCGUGGCACUGAUGGUGGGGCUGCUACAACCAGCCUUUUAUUCAUUCUGCAAAUUUGCCACAACUACAGAUUCUCAUUACAGCUGCUGUUCCGUCUUCCUUUCUCCUCUCUCUUCAGUUUACAAAAAAAAAAAAAAAAAGCGUGUUCUGGUUUUUUCUAUAGCUGCUUAGAACUCCUUUCCCCCCCUUUUUUUGUUUUUCACUGUCCAUCUUUUUCUGUCUGUCUUGUCUGAUCGGUCUGUCCUUGAAGGGACCAAGGCAAGCAGGACGCCUGUGUUUUUUUUAACCUGCUUUUGUCACCUUCCAAAGGAGUUUUCCUUCAGUCUCUUUCAGAUGUAAAAAGCCGCAAGUGAAGCUUGUAAGGACGGGCGACGUUUCGUCGCCUUGCCUUUGGAAGGGUGUCUUGUGUGAAGGCUCUCCUUUGCUCAUGUGUGUGAACUCUUUUGCAUCCGAAAUAAUCCCAACACGCUGUUCCGAAUCCAGAUGAGUAUUGCCGGGUUGAAAAUCCACGGUCUGAAAAAUGGAAGCUCCCUCCUCAAAAAUAAUAACAAUAAUCCUGUGAAGACACACUUCCAACUACAUCAAAUAUCUGUGGUCAGGAUUCCUGUAAAUUUGCUCCUUCAAGAGCCCUACAGACCUGACAUGACCCAGCUUUGACAUGGCCCAACAAAUGGAUGGAAAAUAGAAAUCCUGAUUUUACAGCAGUCUGAGGACAGUCCCGUGUAUUCUGCCAGACCCAGCAAUAGCUAAAAACUCUUGCACCUUCUCUCUGAAAAUCCUGUCUUGCUGAACUGUUUCCUUCUGAACCACUGUGGCUCAAGGUUGAAUCUGUUGGAGACAAGGCUGCUUUCUGUGGUUUUUGAGCUCUUAAGGACGAUGAAGCUGCUGCUGAUGGAGGCUACUUGGAUCUCUCUGAGGUCAAACCACUGCAAGUCUGUCCAGCUGAAGUUAGAAGAAAAAACCCUUUGUUCAUCUUCAACAUACUGUGUGUCUUUUUUUUUUUUUUGCUGUUAUUAUAAUAUCUUCCCUUGAUAUUGUCUUAAUUGUCUAUCUCAUUGGUAUGGGGAGAAAGAAAAAGAAAUGGUUUUUACAAAGAUUAAAAAAGGGGAUUUUUUUUUUUUUCAAGAACAGGGAACUUCCAGACUAAAAUACUUUUUAAAUUCUCCACCUGUACCAAACUCUGCUUUUGUUUUCGUUCUGGGUGAGCCAGGAUAAGGCACAGACAUCAUUCCCUCAAUUCAAAGAAGUGAUAAUCAGAACUCUGAUUUUAGAAAGGCUUGGAUAUUUUUUAACCAUCCGUAAAUCCCUGGAAUUUCUCAAAAGCUAAAAGGUCACAAAGGCAGUCGACAGCUUGAAAUUUUUUUCCUUGCAGGAAAGGCGUUUGCUAUUCUCAUAUUUGGUUAUUUUUGAAGACGGGACUCUCUAAAGUGAUAUUCUUAUUAAAACAGGGUAGCUGCUUGCUCCCUGGUGGAAAUAGUGCAUAAGUUGUUUAGGAUUCUUUUUUUUUUUUUUGUCGCAAUAUCUUCAUUCCGGCAGUCUAAAUUUGACGGAAAAGAACGAGGCAGGAUUUUCCCCGUGGAAAUUCACUGAAUCUGAUCAGGGACUGUCAUCCUUGUGUGAAAAUCUGUCUUUUGCUUUAUUUAUUUAUUUUUAACAACGUGCCCAGUCUUGGAUAAGUCUCUCUCACCUCUGCAGUAGUCCUAUCCUCCCUCCCUGUGCAAAGAAAACUUUAUCCAGUUCAUUUGACACUGGGUGAAAAGUGAUGCCUUGUCCAAUUGAAUCGCAUUCUUAGUAUUCAGACUAGAAAAGUGAGAUAUUUUAACUUUAGAACCGUAAAAAUCAGAGACAUUGCUAGCUUUUUCAAAAUACUACACAGUCUGCUGCAGUUGGAACAAAAGCAUAUAUUUCUACGCCGGAGUCAGGAAAUUACUCGUUGAAACAGUUGGCAUGUUUCCAGGCUAGACAAAAGAGCAGAAAUGAGUAUUUUGCUUUUCUCAUCUUCAUCCUGCUCUUCUUACUAAUAUUUAAACCACGAUUGUAUGGAAUAGAAAUUUGCUAGUUGGGUUUUCUUCCUAAUAAGCAAUAAUUAAAGGUGGGAAAAAGGCCCAAGCCUCUGAUAUUCAUAUGGAUCUCUUGACUUAGAUAAAAGGAUUUAUUGAAGGCGUUUCCAACCAGAUGAGAGAUAAAAAUAAGCCUUAUUUAGGAAAGGUGGGCGUUUUACUUUUUUUCAUAAGUUAAAAAAAAAUCAUCAUUAAAAAAAACAUUCUUUUUCUAGCUAGUCCUAUUUUUUUCCAGGGUUUAGAAAAAUAACCCAGCUGUGUUUUUUUUUUUAAAACUUAAGGUUGUAUAUAAUCGCCAGCCGGCUUAUAAUUAUGUCUUCCAUCUCAAAAUCAUUUUUUCAAAGCUUUGUUCUUUCCCUGCGCCACUCCUGGGCUAACCUCCCCACCUCUUUAUUUAUACAUAUAUUUGGCUUGGAGGAGGAAGUUAGACGAGAAAACCCGGAGAGCUUGACCGUGUCACGGCCUGAAAUCUGAAUUUUGGAUUGCAGCUGGGUCCUAGUGUCCUCCGAUCACCCUUCACUGAUCAAUUCAAGCUUCUCUUGAGUCGCCCUUUUUUACAGCAGGAGACUCAGCUCAAAACUGUGCAGUUUUACGGAAGCACGUUUGAGCCAGUUCUCUUUGGGAUGAGCAUUGCAAGGAUCUCCAAUCCCGUGCUCGGUCUGAAAAUGAGGAGAGGUUUUUGGUUUGUUUCUUUUCCUUGCCAUCAAUUUUCCACCAAGAAUAACAAACCAGGAUGGUUAAAAGUCAGGCUUCUAUCCUGAAUGGGGCAGCACUUCACUCAGCCUGCUUUUCCUUUGUGUCAGCUCCCUGCAAAUUCUUUUAAGCUAUCUCUGUUACGGGUUUUUGCUGAUGGCUUUCAACGGGUUUCCUUUCCUCUGAUGCUAAAUGCCCUCUCUUGGCAAGAGAACCGCCCCAAGAAAACUAUAGUUUUACAAGACAGCGGUCUGGAGGGUGUCACUGCAGCAGGGCGAAAACAGGGCACGAAUCAAGAAGCGUGAUAUGCCAAGCAAAUACUCAGAAAGAAUAUCGGGGUGUUGCCCGAAAGAUGUUCACCGAGCACGCAUCAGGACUUCUGGGGUUGAUGGGUUGCCAAAUUGCCAGCUCAUUUUUGGAGAGUUCUUGAAUUGGAAGUUCCUGAAUGCAGAGACACUUGUCUUUUCCUCGUUGGACUGUUUCCUUCCCCAAAUCCUUUUCUGAUCGUGUUCUAAUGAUGUGCCAGCCUCUGAAGACACGUCGAGGUGAUAGAAGUGACUUCGAGGUGAUAGAAGUGACGGGGCAGGUUUAUAAAUCGACUUUUUACCGCAUGGACAGUGCUCUUCUUACUCCAGUUAAAGGCAUCCCGACUGUGGGAUUCUGAACUUCCUUUUGAAGGAAGAUGCCUGACGUUUCCUAUUGUUAAUGCUUUGAAAACUUGUAAGAUAUUGCUUGAAAGCGGAACUAUUUUCCAGAUCUUUUCAAAUAAAUCUUGGUGGUUUUUUUUCCCAAA